AUGGAGGAGGCGCUGCUCUCCACCCCCAUCAACCCCAACAACUUCCCUGCCAAGCUGUGGCGCCUGGUGAACAGCCCACGUUACCGCUCCAUCCGCUGGGACGGCCGCGGCGAGGGGCUGCUCAUCGACCAGCCGCUCUUCGAGGCCGAGCUACUCAGCCCGCCCGGGCCGGGGGGAGGCGGCGGCGGGGCUGCGGGGACCGGGGCCGAGCCCGAGCUCUUCAAAACCACCAACUUCACCAGCUUCAUCCGCCAGCUCAACCUCUACGGCUUCCGCAAGGUGGUGCUGGGCGGGCCGGGCACGGCGGGGCCGGGGCCGGGGCCGGGGGGCGGCGGGCCGGCAGGCGAUGGGCCGCUCCAUCACUUCCACAGCCCGCACUUCCGCCGCGACCAGCCACAGCUGCUCGUGCACCUCAAGCGCCUGACUAGCGCCAACAAGGCCAAGCUGGCGGCCGGCCUGGAGGUGCCCUGCCGCCCGCCCAACCGCUUCCAGCGGCUGCUCAUCACCUCGGCCUCCGCCUCCGCCGCCGCUGCCUCGGCCGCCGUCGCCGCCCCGUUGCAGCACCAGGAGCCGCCGCCGCCGCCCACGGGGCCCCGGCCGGAGCCUCACGGACCACUGGCUGUAGGACAAUUUCACCGGUCAUUUCGGCGAGAUAGUUUGUCUCCUUACUCCUACGUAUCAACUCCAUCCCAUGACCACAGUACUUUCCCUCUGAAAGGUUUAGAUCGGACCCCAGUUCCUCACAGGAUAUGGCAGAACUCCCUUGGAAUGCACCCUGGACAAGUGGAGACAUCUCCCACAUUUUCAGAUAAAGGGGUUCCAUUUCCUGUACUCCAGAGGUUUCCAGCUGAGGUUACCUAUACGCUGCAACCCAGCACCACAUCUGUCCAUGUUCAACAAGGUCCUCAAACAAUGGUCAGCUCCUCCCAAAAAUACAGUAACUACACACCCUCAGCACAGUACUCGCAAGCCUACUAUCCAACAGCUGUGCUACAGUGCUGUUCUCCUACCCACAUGGAUGCUCUAAGUAGUUGUGUCACUCCCACUGCCUCUUCCUAUGCACACUGCAACUACUUCCAGAAUCCUUCAAUGCAAUCCUCCUAUCCAGUUGAAUUUUUGCCUUCCAGUUGGCCCUGCAGUACUACUGAUGAAAAUAAAAAGACAGAAGUAAACCUAGAGGCUGUCUUUCAGAUAGUAGAUGAGUUGCAUUCCUCCCCUAAAUUGGAGAUGGUAAAGGUGGAGCCUGUUGAGAAUCAGUGCCCAACAUCUCAAUCUAACAGAGGCCAACACAUUCUAGCUAAUUCUAACAACAGCAAUCCAUGUUCUGCAAGUCAGGCUAGCCAGCUGGAGCCACUUACUCCUGUAGGCUCAGAUAUUAUGUCUUUUGUGGUUGGAACAGAACAAGCAAUUGCCUGCUCUCUACCACAGUCACCUGAGUACAUCUAUACCAUCCACACAGCUCAGCCUGUUGAAAAUAGCACAAUACAGGAAUCUGCAGCCAUCCAGCAAGCUCAUGUCAAACUGAAGGAGCACCUAAAUCAUAAUCCAUCUCCAUCUUCAGUAGUAUUUGUGCAGGAAGGGCCACCAUUCAGCACACACCAGGUGGAUGCCAAUAUAAAAUGCCAGACCAGUUCACGUGAGAAUAUCUUGCCUUCAGAACAAAUGGGAUUCCUCAUUUCAGAAAUGGGGCCUGCUAGCAAGCCUAGCAAAGACACAGGUUUAGCCACUCCAGCCAGAUACAGAGAGCACAGAAGCAACUCACAACAAGGAAAGUCCCCUGAUCUUCAUCUGCUGGUGGACGUGGCCUGCAAGCAGGAGCACUUUCCAAAGGAGGAAGAAUUAAAAGAAUGA